AUGACGCAACCUUCCAUCUGGGCUGUUCCGCUUCAGCUAUCCAACUUCAACAUCGUCGUCGCCCUGCUGGGCGGCUUCAUCUCCAUCUUCGGCCUCGUAUCAUACCUCUUGAAGGAGCAGUUCUAUCUCUCGGAAGCUCUCAUAUCGCUCCUGGUCGGUGUCGCUCUCGGUCCCAACGGCGCCGACUUCAUCCGUCCAAGAGAGUAUGCGGAGUGCCACCGGAGCGCCGUGACCGAGCGCGAUUGCGAGGGCAAUCUCAACGCCAUGACGCUCAACUUCUCCCGCCUGGUCCUCGGCGUCCAGCUCGUGCUCGCCGGCGUCCAGCUGCCUAGCAAGUAUCUGCAGCGCGAGUGGAAGCCCGUCCUUCUGCUGGUCGGCCCCGGCAUGGCCGCCAUGUGGAUGGCCACCAGCCUGCUCGUCUGGGCGCUCGCCCGGCCGCCCAGCUUCCUGCAGGCCCUGGCCGUGGGGGCCUGCGUGACGCCCACCGACCCCGUCCUGUCGGCCGUCAUCGUCAAGGGAAAGUUUGCCGACCACAACAUCCCCGGGGACCUGCAGGAGCUCAUCAUCGCCGAGUCCGGCGCGAACGACGGGCUGGGUUACCCCUUCCUGUUCUUCGCCCUGUACCUGAUCAAGUACGUGGGCGCGGGAGCCACCCGGGGCGGAGCCGGGGACGCCAUCGGUCUGUGGUUCUCGUACACCUGGGCCUACACCAUCCUGCUCAGCGUCGUCUACGGCGCCGCCGUCGGCUGGCUGGCAAAGGGCCUGCUGCGCUGGGCCGAGGAGCGCGGCUACGUCGACCGCGAGAGCUUCCUCGUCUUCUCCAUCGCCCUCGCCCUCUUCGUCCUGGGCACCUGCGGCCUCAUCGGCACCGACGACGUCCUGGCUUGCUUCAUCGCCGGCAACACCUUCACCUGGGACGACUGGUUCCGCCUGCGCACAAAGGACGACUCCCUCCAGCCCACCAUCGACAUGCUGCUCAACGUCUCCAUCUUCCUGUGGUACGGCGCCGUCCUGCCCUGGGAGUCGUUCGGCUCCAGCUCGGUCAUGCCCACCUGGCGCCUCGCCGUCCUCGGCACCCUCGUCCUCCUCCUCCGCCGCCUGCCCUGGGUCUUUGGCCUGCACAGGAUGAUACCCCAGAUUGAGCAUGCCAGACAGGCCGUCUUCGUCGGCUUCUUCGGCCCCAUCGGCGUCUCGGCCAUCUUCUACCUGUUCAUCAGCAUCGAGUUCAUCGAGAGCCAUCUGAGCGACGAGAACAACGUGCCCCGCGACGACGUCGAGGACCUCGCCGAGACCACCCGCGUCGUCGUCUGGUUCCUGGCCGUCUGCAGCAUCGUCGUGCACGGCCUGAGCAUCCCGCUCGGGAAGCUGGGGUACCUUGCCCCCAAGCAUAUCGGCAGGGUACUCGGCGAGAGCCUGGGCGAACCUCGAACCGUCGAGGUAGGCCGCAGGUUUCCCCUGCUGGGGAGGCUCAUGUCCAGAGACACAGCCGGUGCCGGCGGCGCCGAGCUACACGCCCCCGUCGCGGCGUCUUCCGUCAUGUCGAGGCCGUACAAUCCUCGCACCCCCCACUCUCUGAUCGUCUCGCCGGGUAGCCUGUCGGUCGACGACCCGGAGGCGGAGGCCGGGGCGGUAGCAGCCAAUCCUGUGCGUCGUCGGGAGCGGGAAAUCCGGUUCGCUGACGACGAAGGCCCCUUCCCGAGAAAUACCGCCGUUGAAGAU